UUUUUUCUUUAUACGUAAAUACAGUAAAUAUUUGUCAAAUUGGAAAAAAAUAAAAUUUUUUUUACAGCUCAGACCAUAAGCAAAAGUCGAUAAAUUACAUUAUUUUAGAAACAAUAUAUCUUGGAAAAAUGAAUACGAUGCAUUGAUCGGAAGAUUGAAGAAAAUUAUACAAUUUCAGCACUAAGUAGAAAAAAAAAAAACUAAAUAAGAUAACAAUAGUGGCAAAUUUGGAGAAAAGUUUAUUUUAAAAAAAUGUCGUUUGUACGCACGGCAACUUCUGGUGUUGGUGGUAAUGGGGAAUCUGUGCAAAAAUUUGUGGAAGCUUUGCAAGCCGAUUUUAAAAUACUUGCUUUAGAGACCAAAAAGAAAUAUCCACAAAUUAAAGAGUCCUGCGAAGAGGCCAUAUCCAAGCUGACAGCAGCCGGCAAUAAUCCACAGCAAUCUGUUUAUUAUACGGUGAAUCAAAUUUUGUAUCCUUUGGUCCAAGGUUGUGAAACGAAAGAUUUAAAAAUUAUUAGAUUCUGUUUGGGUAUGAUGCAACGUUUAAUUACCCAGCAAGUGGUCGACCAGAAGGGAGCCCGCUACAUAACUGAUGCUUUAUGGAUGCUCAUGGAACAUAAUAUUGAGGAAGUGAAAGUGUUACAAACUGUUACUCUUUUAUUAACCACAAACACCGUGGUACAUGGAGAAACUUUGGCGAAAUCUUUGGUGCUUUGUUUUCGUUUACAUUAUACAAAAGACCCGACUAUAGUGAACACAGCGGGGGCAACGAUCCGACAGUUGGUUUCUUUAGUUUUCGAGCGUGUUUAUUUAGAAAAAGAAUCUUUAACAAAUUUACAACAGAAAGAUGUAGGCGGAAAUGCUAUGGAUUCUAUCGAUGUCAGUGAGAGCAGUGUGGGCAGUGGCAGCACGGGCGGACCCAAUGAAAUGCAAACAUUUGCAUCCGAUGCAUUCUUCCUCUUUCAAGAUCUUGUCCAAUUAGUAAAUGCUGAUCCGCCGUAUUGGUUGUCAGGUAUGACUGAAAUGACUCGCACUUUUGGUUUAGAAUUGCUUGAAGCUGUACUUACAAACUUCAGUGCUGUUUUCCACGAAAAUCGCGAUUUCCGUUUGUUACUCAAAGAACGUGUUUGUGCUUUGGUUAUUAAGCUAUUUUCUCCGAAUGUGAAACAUCGGAGUUUGCCCACACAGAAUAGCAAUGGAAGUGUAAAUAAUAUGCCCAAUGAUAAGCCUUAUUUUCCGAUCAGUAUGCGUUUGUUGCGCUUAGUUGCCAUACUCAUACAAAAAUAUCACACAAUUUUGGUAACCGAGUGUGAGAUAUUUCUGUCAUUGAUUAUAAAAUUUUUGGACUCCGAUAAGCCGCAUUGGCAACGUGCCUUAGCUUUAGAAGUUAUUCAUAAAUUGGCUACGAAACCUAUGCUAAUGGCAUUUUUCUGCAAAUCGUAUGAUUGUAAAAAUCACGCUACCAAUAUUGUGCAAGAUAUGAUUACAUCGUUGGGGACUUAUGUACGUUAUUCAUUGAUUAAUGCAUCAGCACUACUGAAUGGCCAACAAAAUGGUACUUCACAAAUGAAUUCGUUAUCCGCUCACAACGCUAACAAUCAUUGUGGUUUUGUUUUUCGUGGAGUAUUUCUGCCUUUGGUUGCAUCAUUUGAUCCUGGCUCAGUUAAAGCCACUUACUUGGAAAUGCUGGAGAAAAAUGCGGCUCCUGAUAUACCGGAAAGUUAUGGCAUUUCUUUGGCUUAUGCCAUACUUCUGGACAUAACACGUUCAAUUGGUAGUGUCAUACAAAGGACACCUGAAAUGCAUCCAACGCAUAAUUCAGCCAUAAUAACUGAAGAGGAACACAAGCCUCUAUGUUUGCAAUUAAUUAAUUCUAGUUGGUCAGGCUUGUUGUCAGCUUUUGUGCCUCUGGUAGAUGCUUCUAUCGAUGAAAUCUCCACCGACCAUAUACUGAAGGCCAUGCAAAAUUAUGCCGCUUUAUGUGGGAUAUUGGAUUUGCUGAAUCCUCGAGAUGCUUUCAUAAUGGCCAUUUGUCGUGCAUCUUUCCCACCGCAUUAUGCCAUGUCAAUUUUUGCCAACAAUCCUCAUUUAGAUGUAGAUUUGAGAUGCCAUACUCGCUCCAGCAGUCAAGAUUUAAACAAUCAAUUUAUGAGUACUUGCACAGAUGUGGGUGAUUUUCGCCAGCAAAUUGUGGCCGUUGGUACACCUUUGCCUAGUGCGUCUCUACCGCAUAGUGUUAUGCAGGCGCCAGUCAUGUUAACCACUAAAAAUUUGCAGUGUAUGCGUGCUAUUUUAGUGUUGGCUCAUAGCAAUGGCAGUAUUCUGGGUACCUCAUGGCACAUUGUUUUGCAAACCUUACAGCAUCUUGUUUGGAUAUUGGGCUUAAAGCCAUCUACUGGCGGCAGUCUACAGGCUUUUCCUAAACCAGCGGUAGAGGCUAACGUUGGUAUACAGACCGCAGUUAUGGCAGAUUUGCCGGUACUUUCGACAAUGCUAAGUCAGCUCUUUGAAUCCAGCCAAUAUCUGGACGACGUAGCUUUGCAUCAUUUAAUAGAUGCUUUAUGCAAAUUAUCGCAUGAGGCUAUGGAACUGGCUUACGCUAACAGAGAGCCAUCGUUGUUUGCCGUCGCCAAACUUUUAGAGACGGGUUUAGUAAAUAUGCCCAGAAUAGAAGUUCUAUGGCGUCCUUUAACUAACCAUUUACUGGAAGUUUGUCAACAUCGCCAUAUACGAAUGAGGGAAUGGGGUGUUGAAGCCAUUACAUAUUUAGUUAAAUCAGCUUUACAAUAUAAACAUAGUCAACCCUUGAAAGAAAAUAUGACUUUACAAACAAUGCUUUUGAAUCCACUAUCUGAGCUGUCCACAGUUAUGCAUGCCGACGUUCGUCAAAGGCAACUGGAUUGUGUUUUGCAAAUAUUGAACGGAGCCGGUGAGAUUUUAUCAUUUGGUUGGCCAGCAAUUAUCGAAAUUAUCGGAGCCGUUAAUGAGCAUCACGGUGAACCUUUGAUACGUACAGCUUUUCAAUGCCUUCAGCUGGUGAUUACAGACUUUUUAACCGUAAUGCCUUGGCGUUGUCUGCCUUUAUGUAUUAGCACUGCAGCGAAAUUUGGUUCACAAACACAAGAAUUGAAUAUAUCGUUAACAGCUAUAGGUUUAAUGUGGAAUAUUUCGGAUUUCUUUAAUCAAAAUCAAGAUAAAUUAAUGGCUACCCCAGUCGAUGACGCUAGUAUAUUGCCCGAUUUUCCUGGUACCGUUAAAAUGCCACAGUUUGAUAAAUUGUGGAUGUGUUUGUAUGCUAAACUAGGGGAAUUAUGUGUUGAUUCUCGACCGGCUGUACGGAAAUCGGCAGGUCAAACUUUAUUUUCAACAAUUUCGGCUCAUGGCAGUUUAUUAAACCCGCCUACUUGGCAAGCCUUAGUUUGGCAAGUUUUGUUUCCUUUAUUGGAUAAUGUAAGGGCCCUGUCCAGUUCGGCAAGCAACGAAAAAGUUGACGCCAGUGGCAAUAUACUAAUACAUCACUCGCGUAAUACUGCUCAAAAACAAUGGGCCGAAACUCAAGUUUUAACUUUAUCGGGUGUAUGCAGAGUUUUUAACACUAAACGUGACUUGAUACAAAUGUUAGGUGAUUUCGAUCGGGCCUGGUCUCUAAUUUUAGAAUUCAUACAAAAUGCUGCUUUAAGUAAAAAUGGUGAAGUCUCCUUGGCUGCCUUAAAAUCUUUACAAGAAAUUAUGUAUCAUAAUUCGGAGAGCAAUUGCUUAUCAAAAGUAGAAACGAACACUGCUAGUCGGGCAACAUCAAAAGACGACGAAAUUUGGAAUAUCGCCUGGAAGAUUUGGUUAAAUAUUGGGAUGGAGAGUACUAAAAUGUCAACGAAAAUUCAGGACACACAACAAGAUGAGUUUUAUAUACCCAGUCAGGCGUUUCUUACAGCAUUGAUACAAAUAUUUCCCGCCAUUUUUCAACAUAUACAAAAAAGAUUUAAGUCUUCCGACUUUGAAAAGUUCUGUAACGUGCUAACUAACGCUGUAUGUAUACCAGUGCAAACCGAGGCAGUUCCUUAUAUAAUGUCAUCUGUAUCCGAUUCCCUAUUGACACCCUUACAUGACAGUAUUUUAGAAUGCAUGGAAUUGAUUCAAAAAGAGGCUACCAAAGAUGGAUGCAAUCUAAGUCAGUUAAUACCGGCUAUUUUCCGUCAACUUUUAAUAUUUAGUAAGUUUGCUUGUACACCGCCUUCGCUGCAAGUUAGUGAGCAACACAAAUACGGCAAGACAACGAAUCAUUACGGUAACAAUGCCACAGUGGAAGUAGUUAGCAUGAAUUAUAUACCUUUUGGGGAGAAAGCCAUAACAAUUUGCGUAAAAUUGUAUCAGUGUACGGCCACCGAGGAGCCAGUAAUGCAGGAACAUAUAUUACAUGAGAUAAUUAAGGCUCUUCGUACGCCUUUGGCAAUGAAAUAUAAAUGUUUGGCUUCGAGUACUUGGAAAUUGUCGAUAUCUAGUUUAAUUACAGUUUUAUAUACUGGACUUAAAGUAGCUCGAGCGAAACCACAAUACUUCAAUAGUAUGUGGGACGAUUUGGCCGAUACUUUGGAUAAAUUUUUAUUUCCCGUUAGCGUUUGUACGAUAGAAGAUCGUGGCUUAGAGGAAAUUGUUUUAGAUGAAACGAUCGAUUGUCAGGUUAUUGAAUUAUUGCGAGAUGAGGUGUUGCCUUAUGCCCAUGAAAUGCCUCAUCAAUUUAUUAUGCAAAUUGUAGUUUUACUUAAUAAAGGUUCCAUACAUUCCGCUUCUGAUUCGAAUAUCUGUUACGAAUCCGAUUGGAAAUUACGUGAAAUAUUUGCCAAAACUUGUUUCGAGACCCUUUUGCAAUUCUCACUUUUGGAUGAUAAUUGCAAUGGCAAUAAUAAUCGCUUAACAAAUGCCAGUGGCAGUGCAACUUCAGCGACGGCUAAUAUAUUAAACGCUAACAUAGCAGCCGCUGUAUCAACUGGGAUAAACGGUGGUGCGGGAGGAAAAGAUUUUGCAGGUCGCUUAGCUGUUACCGCUCUAUUACAUCGCUUUCAAGAGGUUUUAAAACGUUUCAACGACGAUGAACGCCAAAGUGGGAAAUGUCCUUUGCCAAGAUUUAGAUUAUCAGAAAUUUCAUUUGUCUUAAAAGCUAUCGCUACUUUGGUAAUAUCUAUGAAAAAAGCACCCGCAUCCAAAGUUAAUAAGCCAGCCUGGGAUCAAUUGAUCGGUCUCUAUCCAUAUUUGGUGGAUUGCACUACAACCACAUCGCCUGAAGUGUCACGUUCCCUACAAGAAGCUCUACUGCAAUAUACGGAUUUAUUACAACCGCCAAAAUGCUUUGUCUCCAAUGUAGAUGCGGAAAGUUUUACUGCAAAGCCCAUUUCUACGUCUACAACGCAACAGACGAAUGGACAGGAGUAAAUUUUCUAAUUUCAAGAAAACGCUAUAUAGCUGAUCGCAGUCACAAUAUUUAGAGCAUGAAAAUUCAAAAAUUGAAAUUAAAAAGAAAAAAAAUAAAAUAAAAUAAUAGGCAAACUCGUGGCAGAUAAGUAGGCAAAUAACUAAAGAAAAAAAAUGAAUAUAUAUAUAUUUUUUUUUUUAUUCAAUUUAAUCAAACAUUAAUAAACGAAACAUGAUAUGAAGCAAUCGAACAUUAUUCCAUAACGAAAUAUACAUAUACAUACAUAUAUACAUGCAUACUGAUAUACACUUUUAUUAAACUUUAACAGAAGGAAAACAAGACAACGGAACAAGGAAACUGAAAUACAAUUAAUACAAUUAAUACUAACAAUGAUUUACAUAGAAAACAUAUAUUUUUAAAAUUUUAUCACAUUGACUCAAAACGAAGAAAAUACAAACCAUCGGUAAAAAGCGGAACUAUGAAGCAAGUGGCAAAUAAACGAAAUGCAUUUUACUAAAGAAUAUACGUAUACACUCCUCUUGAUUGCCCCUUGUUUAUGAUUUUAUGCCUUAUUUUAAGUUUUUAUAAGAAAAAAAAUGGUUUUUGUUGCUAUACAUGCGU